AACACUACACCAUGCAAACAAUCAAGAGCAACCCAUUACAACCAACAUCCCAAAAUCAUAAACACCAGGAAGAAUAUGAAUUAAAAGAAAAAAAAGGAGAAACAGAAAUUGAACUUCUGUUGCUACCAAGAUCAAAGACAACAGGUCGGCUACCAGACUUCCUCAAAUGCGGACUAUUGCCAGGCAGUGCCACUUGACCUCCGAACAUCAGAUGCAAGCAACGCAAUCAAAUCCCCACUUCGCCUAUCACCAUUGAAAUCAACCCAGGGGGUUGGCUUUAGAUCUCACCCACCUGGGAAUGGAUCGUUUUCCUCUAAUUCAGGAUGGUUCUUGUUUGUUUCGGAAGAACAUCUUUGAGUGAAAGGG